CAGUGCAGACUCUCAGUGCUGAACUGCCUGCUGGGGCUGCCAAAGAAGGAAAAUGUCCCAGUAACAGCCCAAUGGGACUGUGUCUCAGGGACAGGUACAGGGAGGUGACAAGAACCAGCAGCAUGGCCUGGCCUCACAGCUUCUAGGAAGCAGUGAUGACAGAGGGACUUAAUAGCAGAGAUUUUCAGAAAGGUCACAAAUGAAGACUCUGAAAGCCCUCUCUUUGCCUCUUGGAUUUGUGUAUGCUUUUGACAGCCACAGCAUCCUGUGGCAAUGUGUUCCACGAUUUCAUUAAGUACUCCUUGAAAAGCACCUGCCAUGCUUUGACUGAGCUGCCAGCCUGGUGAUUUGAAAGGGUGCUGCCAAGUGCUUGGGUAGAGAGAAAAAUCAAUCUUUUUUGUACUUGCCUUUCAGGGAAUGGAAGAAGAAGGGACUCUUGAACAUCACACUGCUGGCUGAGUCCCAUUCAGAAGUCCUGCUCUGUCGGCUUCGUGAGAUUUGCUUGGCAGUUACCAGAGAGGUGACCAACCUCCGGUCCAACGUGUCCUGCUCUGCAGUUGUCACUCUGGGAGAGCUCUUUGUGAUCUUGGGGAAGGACAUGGACUCCGAGGUGGAUCAGAUUGCUGCAGUCCUUCUCCACAUGUUGCGGAACUCCCCAGAGUUUAUUCAGAAGGCAGCCUGUCAGAGCCUGGGCAUGAUGGUAGAGAACGUGACUCCUACACGAGCAAUGACUGCUCUCCUGGACAAUGGAGUCAAGAGCCGCUACGUCCCGGCACGGAAGUGUACGGCCGAACUCCUCCUGUCCUUGAUGGAGAAAAUGGGAGUCACGAAGCUUGCAGGCUCACCCAGGGCUGAGAGGCUGGCACAGGUGGCAGGGACACUUGCUCAGGACAGUCACAAGGACACGAGGCAUUAUGGACAGGAGAUGGUGAAGAUGUUGCUUAGUAAUCAAAAAUUUAAAAAGCUUUUGGAACAAUCUCUUUCCACGCAUGACCUGGAAGAUAUCCUGAAGAGAAUUAAGAAGAAAGAAUACUGCCCUGCUGUCAAGCCCUGUGGAGCUGGAAGAAGCUUGGGGAUGGAAAACCAGAAGGCUGAACGCCCACCUGUGCAGGAGCCGGUGAAGAAGAGGAAUGAAGGCUCCAAGGAGCCCCAGGCCACAUCACCUCCUAGCAAACGGGCAAAGUCUGCCACUGGUGGACACCGCCUACACCGUGCAAGAGCCCAGGUCACAUUACCUGCAUCUGUGGAAGAAAGGGAGCUGCUCCAGAAGCUUUACCAUCUCCUGGAAGCCAAGGUGUUCCAGACACGGAUGGAAGGAGUGGCACUCCUCCUAGACCUGUCCAAAACCAGACCCCAGCUGAUCUCCACUAACAUUGUCCAAAUUUUUGAUUAUUUUGGCCUGAGAAUCUGUGACACACAUAAGAAAGUGAAGCAGAAGGCGCUGGAGGCGCUGGCAGAAAUCAUAGGACUCCUGCAGGAUGCCAUGAACCCAUUGAUGAUCCGUUUGGUUGAAGGCAUAACAAAGAACCUAAACUCAAAGGAUCCUGGGGUUCAUGCUGCAGCUAUGACGGCUCUGGACCAAUCUGUUGUGCAUUUAGAUGAAGUAUCACUGAUGAAAGAGCUCUGCCACCAAUGGAGACAACUGAGAGGCCAAGCUCUGCUGGAUGUCACGGAGCGUAUCACAGCAUAG